AUAGUACUUUUGAUCUAACCAUCGUUCUUACUUGGCGAAAAUGGUGAAGUUGGGGAUAAUACUCGUGGUCUGUGUCGCGCUUAUAGCGUUGAUAGCUGACGUCACAAGUCAGCCGUAUCGAUACUACCGCCGCAGAUACACGCCACGUGUGAGGGUUGUACGAAUACGUCUCGUCAGAGUACCCCGUGAGGUUCGCGAUGAGCCACAGUGGCUGUGGCAAGGAGACAACAUCGACCGCGCGCCUGCUUCCGGUGACCAUCCCAUCCUGCCCUCAGUCAUCGACGACAUCAAGCUGGACCCCAACAGGCGACACGCCCGCAGUGUGGACUCACCCAGCGCUAGACGCCACGGAGGUCAAUCUUCUUCAGGCGAUCGCAGGGACACGGGGCCUACUCACCCCGGAUACAACCGUCGUAAUGCGAGAAGCGUAGCCCUCCCUGAUUUGGAUUCUUACAGUCCAAUGUUGCCGUUACCUUACGGAGGUUUCGCAUUUUUCGACGAUCAAGAAUAAUAAAGUUUGAUUUAUUCAUAAUUUAUUUCUUCUCUUCAAGAUAAUUUAGAUAAGAUAAUUUAUUUAAAAUUAUUUUA